AUGCUCUUUGACGAUAUUCCAGAUGUUGAGGUUGCACGCACUCCUGGUGGAGCACUCCAGAGCGUAGACCAUGCGCAGCGGCCCUGGGCUCCUAAGUCUGGGGACCAAGCUGUCGCGGCACUGGCCACCGCGAAAGAUGUGGCAGAGCAAUACCUCCAGGAGAUAGCAGGCGAGUACAAAAUAAAUUCUGAGGUGAACAGCUUGACCGCCCCAGAUUUCGAUCUGAAGUUUGAGCAAGAAAGGCCCCGCUUUAGAAGCAAGGCUGUGAUCUACCAACAGACCUUCAAAGAUUGGCCGGUGUGGGGUGCGCAGCUCGAUGUCACUGUGCGUGACGGUGAUAAACGUGUCCUCAGCUCCAGCAGUACUCUUCACACUGAUGCCUCGGGACCAGAUCCACCCUCGGAUGAUGCUAAGUUCAUUAAGAAUAGUGUCACGGAGCAGGAUAUUGCUGCGUCGCUUGGUGUCCCAGUCGGGAGAGAUGGCAUCAGCUUUUCAGAAGAGCAGAAGAAGAGAAAGCAGCGCACUCUAGUCUAUCGCUAUAGCGCGAAGGGCAGGCAAGAGCAGGCGGGCGAUUCUCCACCGAUCCUAGCCUUCGCCGAAGUGCCUGAGAAGAUUGAGGAUGGCAAGUACUAUGUGGUCCGAGAAGCCCUCUUCUCACUGCCUGUCUCGGGUUAUGGCAAACUCAAUUGGAGAGCCUUUGUCGAAGUCGAGACAGGAUCAAUUAUCUACUUGCAGGCGCUCACGGCUGGCCUGACUGGCUGGGUGUUCUCCAGGGACCCCGUGACAAAGCUGGGGCACAGAGGCCCCCUGCCCACAGGCGAUAUAGUCGAUUUGAAUCUUCUACGCGACAGAGUGUUCCUUCCUGAUACCGUGACCUCGUCUCCUCAGAGUCUCAAAGGUCGUUUCGCAGCAAUUGAGGAUUUUAAAUUACCCAUCAAGGUGCCACCCACCACUACCACUGGCGAGUUCAAGGACAGCGUGGAGUCAGAUACAUUUGCCGCUGUUAGUGCAUACUAUCAUGUUACCAGGCUUUUCAGGCUCCUCGGUGAGCUGGGCUUUUCGGUCCAAGACUUUUUCAAUGAAACCAAAUUCCCCGUGCCGGUCGAUCAUCGUGGAUUUGAGGAUAAUGUCAAUGCGCAGGCUCCAGGCAAUGCAACCGGUACUGGCUCUGGAGGCUUCAUCUUCGGCCGGGCUGACGAAAAUUCGCAAGUCGGCAUCGCUGCGGACUUUCGCGUCGCAGCACACGAGUUUGGUCAUGCACUUCUGUGGGAUGCCAUCCAUUGGCCAGGCUUUGGGUUCGCUCACAGCCCGGGCGACUCGCUGGCUGCAAUAUACUCGGACCCCGGAAGUGAUGCUCAGGAUCGAUUUGACACUUUUCCCUGGAGCGCCGUGGUUCGUCGCCGCCACGAUCGUAAAGUCAAGGAAGGUUGGGCAUGGGAUGGACCGCAGUACAGGAGAGAUGACGAGGCAUAUUAUAUGCGGGAGCAGGUCUUGUCCACCACUCUCUUCAGACUCUAUCGAGCUAUUGGAGGAGACGCCAUCGGUGACAUCAAUCGGCAGGUUUGGGCCUCGAGGUAUGCGCUGUAUCUCAUCCUUGGUGGCAUUGCAACGAUCACCACCAAGAUGCACAUGCCCUACCAGUAUGUCUCGGCCAUGAUAGCUGCCGAUAAUGGCACAGUCCUUAGUCAUCCCGGUGGUGCUGUUCGUAAGGUCAUCCGCUGGGCCUUCGAGAAACAGGGCCUGUACCAUCCACCAGGCAUUCCGAACCCUGGAGUCGUUACCGAAGGGCCGCCACCCGCAGUUGACGUGUACAUCGACGACGGCCGAGACGGAGAGUAUGACUACACUCUCGUGUCCGAUAAUACUCCUGGCGUCUGGAAUCGCCAGGCAGCAGACGGUGGGCGGGUCAACCAGCCCCCAAGACCCGGACAGACGAACUACUUCUACGUGGCUGUGAAAAACCGCGGCACCGGACCUGCAAACGACGUGAGAGUAGCUCUGUAUCAGUCGAACACUUCUACAGCCACUCUGUGGCCGUCUCACUUCGAUGUGCAGGGAACGGCGAACCUCACCGGUCCUCUCGGUGGGAAUAAGCAAGCACAGCACAUCUUCGGACCUUUCGCCUGGGUCCCCAAUAACAAUCCAUCAUUUGACAGAUAUUGCCUGUUGGCCGCCGUCAGUGCCGAUGGCGAUUUCCCUAAUUCCGACGCAAGCACUGGGCUGACUUGCGCCGUCGGACCAACCGAUAUCGAUAACCUGGUUCCAUUUGAUAAUAACCUGGCAGUCCGAUACCUCAACCGGACCUAA